CACACACACACACACACACACACACACACACAAGGCUAUAGCGGAGCCUAUAGUCAGGCGCGCUGUGCUUUACACGGCCCCCAACGCGCUCUGCUUCCGAUACUACACACACCACUCGACAGCUGCAAAGACAUCAGGCUCGUUCCCAAGGCUCCUCUUUAACUCGGCCCAGAACGCAUACGACGGCCGUGCCUGCUUUUCGCCCGUUUUUACACACCACAUCGCACCAAAUGCGCAGCCCGCCGGCUUGAGUACAACGCGCGCCGCGCCUUUUCAUGUCCGCUGCACGAGACUGUUGCUCUCUAGUCGGCCAGGCCGGGCCACGGGGGAAACGAGAAAGCCCGUCCUCGCUCAGCGUGUGCUUCAACGUUUUGAAUCUCGUCUUGCGAGUGGGAUUUUCACCGAGAAAUGCCAUGAGAAAACACAUCUGAGCGCGCGCCGCGUCCGUGCAUUCAUUCAGGGGCGCCCGAGUUGAGUCUACAACGCUCUCAUAUCUGUUUUUAAGACCAGCCCCCGGCCGCUGGGAGGGAGGAUCAUCCUGUGUUACACACUAACGUACAGUGUACAACUCGUGUAUUCUACGUAGUUCCAAGAGAGAUGGCAGAAGUCGCACCCGCUCCCGCCGCCGCGCCGGCCAAAGCGCCCAAGAAGAAAGCAGCUUCGAGAGCAAAAAAAGCCGGCCCUAGCGUCGGCGAACUGAUCGUCAAAGCCGUUUCCUCGUCUAAGGAGAGGAGCGGCGUGUCUCUCGCUGCUCUGAAGAAAGCGCUGGCUGCCGGCGGAUACGAUGUGGAGAAGAACAACUCCCGCGUCAAGAUCGCCGUUAAGGGUCUCGUGACUAAAGGCACUCUGGUGCAGACCAAAGGGACCGGCGCGUCUGGCUCUUUCAAGCUGAACAAGAAGCAGACCGAAUCCAAGAAGCCCGUGAAGAAAGCCGCGCCCAAAGCGAAAAAGCCCGCCGCCAAAAAGCCCGCCGCUACUAAGAAGCCCAAGAAGGUAGCGGCCAAGAAACCCGCCGCCGCGGCCAAGAAGUCUCCUAAGAAGGCGAAGAAGCCCACAGCCGCCGCAAAGAAAGCCACCAAGAGCCCGAAGAAGGCGAAAAAGCCCGCGACCCCUAAAAAGGCAGCCAAGAGCCCCAAGAAAGCGAAAGCUGUCAAGCCCAAGACCACAAAGCCUAAAGCGGGAAAGCCGAAGAAGGCAGCACCCAAAAAGAAGUAAAGACGUUUGUUUCUUUCAUGCUUUUGUUCCUUAAACGGCUCUUUUAAGAGCCACCCAUAUUUUCCUUUAAAGAGCGACAAUUCAUUUUCAGUCAAGCUUUAUGGAAUCAAAGCAAUACACGUUAGAAACAUUCAAUAGUAUGGAU